GAGCUCCCUCUCAUCUCAUCCUUUCAUGGUCACAGCUCCUCUUUCUCUUCACACAAAGCCUAAGAAAGUAAGCAAGAAAAAAAAAAUGGCCAUUUCGCUCCUAUCCAACCCAUUCCUCCACCAACCUCUUUCACCUCCCACACUUACCUUCUCCAAUAAAAAGGUGAGUAAAGUGGGGUGUAAUCGGAUGACUAUAUCCUGCAGGAAGAAGGACAUACACCCCGAAUUCUACGAGGAUGCAAAGGUGUACUGUAAUGGAGAACUGGUGAUGACAACCGGUGGAACCAAGAAAGAGUAUGUGGUGGAUGUUUGGUCAGGUAAUCACCCCUUUUAUCUGGGCAGCCGGUCACAGCUCUUAGUUGAUGCUGACCAGGUUGAGAAAUUUCGCAAGAAAUUUGGUGGGCUGUCUCAAAUUAUGGAAAUCCCCGUUCUUAAAGGAGAGAUUGUAAUUCCUUCUCGGCGUAAGUCUGGUGGAAAGAGUGGCAAAAAGAAGUAACAACAAUUAAUUUCUUGAAUUUAUUUUCAUGUUUAGUAUUAGUGUUAUUGCUAGUCUUUCUUUUUAAUUGUUGUUUUUGUACUAGUACCUUUUAGUGGAAUCUGGUGGAGGGCUUUCAAUUCUUGAAAUGUGUAAUGCGUUGAUAUGCCUAUAGCCUGGCUAUGAACAUUACUCUGACUAUAAAGUGCAGUUUUUUGCUCAAAGUUACAUAA